GAAUCAUGUCUGUAAUGGUGGCUCGCGAGAGUGAACGACAGAAAAUAGUGAAUGACAAGAAAGUGCUGGAUCACAUCUCAAGGGAGAGGAGACUGGAGCGACAUUUGGACUCCCUGGAAAAGGACAACUUCCAGGAAGAUCCACAUGCCAACCUCAUCUUCAUCAAUAAGAAAAUGUUACAUGUCGAAGGCCAAGAGGACAAAUCAAAAGGCGGAAAAAAUCGGAAACGAAAAAUCAGAGGCGAUCACUACAAGCAAAGAUUCAGAAAAACGCUCCAAAAUUUGGUAGAAGAAGAAGCUGCCUUGAACAAAGAGACCCCAAAUUACUUCUCGAGUGCGGCGCCCCUGAGUUGCAGGGCGCCGAAGAAGUUAUGCUCGGUUUGCGGGUUCGCCUCUACUUACAAUUGUGUACAGUGUGGGUUCAAGUUCUGCAGUAUUACAUGCCAGCAAGUUCAUAAAGAUACUAGAUGUCUCAAGUGGACCGCUUAGUUAUUGGCUAAUAUGGGGUACAGGUAAAAAGAUCCAAUAUUUACUUUCGUGACGCCGAAAUCAGGGUUUGAAUUUGAUGGAUUUACUUGGGUUCUUUAUCUGCGUUAUUUCUGAGGUAAAACUUUUUCAAUAGGUUUUUAGGUUAAAAUCAUACCAAAUCUAAAACUAAAUUUAAAAAUUUGGCGUCGUUGUUUUAGAUUUAUUUAUUUUGUGCAAUACCUAGUUUACUCUGGUUAUAUAUGUUUAGUACCUAGUAUCCAUCACAAGCUUUUCCGAUUUGUCUCUGUUUCGACAAUAGUCAAAUAGAGAAUUCUGAUUUGGUAGUCUUAUCAAAUAC